CACUCCAAGCUUAUACAGAGAAAGGGAGAGAGCUGCUUUCUACACGCGGCCGAUGAGCGAUUACCCGGCGCGAAUUCCUGCAAAGAAGCCGCUGUGAUUUUCUCCGUAUCGUGAGAGCUCUUCUACUCGUCUGCAAGUUCUCCCCUUCUCUAAGCUCUCCCUUCCAAAAAUCCCAAGAACUUUUCAGGAAAUUACUCAUCUACCCUCGUAGAAAAACCCUCUCUAUCUCUCUGAAAAAACCCAAGCUAUUUCAGAAAUUUACUAAUCUUGGUCACCCUGUUGAAAAACCCCAUCUCUUUCUCUCUCUCAAGGUCAGAUCUCCAAAAAACUCUCGAAUUUUCAAGAAAUCUACUGAUCUGGGUCUUGUGGAAGAAGGGAAUUUCUCUCUACCGAUCUGAAAUUCCCCCAAAACCAUCUCCAAAAAAAAAAAAAACCCAGAAGUUUUCAGUAAUUUUCAUCUCCUUCGAUUGAAAAUCCUGAAAUUCUCGAAGAAGAUGGGAUCAGAGCUGAUCUUCAGAGGCCAUGAAUCGCAACCGCCCACUGACGCCUACUCCCCAAAGCCCCGGAAGCCCUGGGCCUCCGUCUCCCGCCCGAUCAACUACAUACUCCGCGAUCAGCGCCUUCUCUUCGUCCUCAUCGGCAUCGCCCUCGCCUCCCUCGUCUUCGCCUUCGUCCCUUCCUCCCCAGCGCACGUUAGCAUGGCCACGUCCCGCUUCACCGACCUAGAUCCGAUUCCCACCCUCAAUGCCCGAUCGGCCCACCGGGCCCCAUACGAGAGCUCGGCAUUGGUGACAGCAAUGCGGAAUUCGGUGAAUUCAGGCGGGAAGGUGCCGUUGGGGCUGAAACGGAAGGGCCUGCGGAUCGUCGUGACAGGUGGGGCCGGCUUCGUUGGGAGCCACCUCGUGGACCGUCUGAUCGGGCGGGGUGAUAGCGUGAUUGUCGUCGAUAAUUUCUUCACAGGGAGGAAGGAGAACGUGAUGCACCAUUUCUCAAACCCCCGGUUCGAGCUCAUCCGGCACGACGUCGUGGAGCCGCUGCUGCUGGAGGUGGAUCAGAUCUACCAUCUGGCGUGUCCCGCCUCGCCGGUGCACUACAAGUUCAAUCCAGUCAAGACCAUCAAGACAAAUGUGGUGGGGACGCUGAACAUGCUGGGGCUGGCGAAGAGGUUAGGGGCGAGGUUCUUGCUCACGAGCACCAGCGAGGUGUACGGUGAUCCGCUGCAGCACCCGCAGGUGGAGACGUACUGGGGCAACGUCAAUCCCAUCGGGGUUCGCAGCUGCUAUGAUGAAGGGAAGCGCACAGCAGAAACUUUGACCAUGGAUUACCACAGGGGUGCCAAUGUUGAGGUGAGGAUUGCUCGGAUCUUUAACACUUAUGGCCCUCGUAUGUGCAUCGAUGAUGGUCGUGUCGUCAGCAAUUUUGUUGCCCAGGCAUUGCGAAAGGAACCUUUGACAGUUUACGGUGAUGGGAAGCAAACCCGGAGUUUCCAAUAUGUUUCUGACCUGGUGGAGGGUCUGAUACGGCUGAUGGAAGGUGAACAUGUGGGGCCCUUCAAUCUCGGAAACCCAGGGGAAUUUACCAUGCUCGAGCUUGCUCAGGUGGUCCAGGAGACAAUAGACCCGAACGCCCGGAUAGAGUUCCGGCCAAACACGGAGGAUGACCCGCACAAGAGGAAGCCUGACAUCACGAAGGCGAAGGAGCAACUUGGGUGGGAGCCCACCGUGCCCCUACGGAAGGGGCUUCCACUCAUGGUAUCCGACUUCCGGACCCGCAUCUUCGGCGACCACAAGGAUGGCGUGGUCUCAGCCUAGGUGAGAAUAGAGAGAGGAAUUGCUGUUUUCAAGCACCCACCUACAAGAGCAUUUUUACUUUGCCCUCUCUCCUGCAUUCUCCUUUGCGAUUUGGGCAAUGCUUGUUUCUUUCCUUGUUCCUCUACCUACCUUUGUUUGGUGUUGUUCUUCUUGUUUAUUUUUUUUUUUUGCCCUUUUAGCUUGAUAUUGAUAUAUUCAUCAUAGAGACAACAAGGUAGCUAGCGUUGAUACCAGCAGCAUGUCUUUUUACCAUUCAUUACAAUAUCAUUUUCUGACCUUUCCAGAAAGCGUUUUGGGGAAGUUGGGUUUUCUUAUAAAAGGCCUUUUGAUUGC